AUGCCUAAAACUAACAAUACACAAAGUAAAAAUUCCCAAGCAAAAGAUACUUUGCCAAAAAGAAUAUCUUUAACUCUUGCCCAAAAACAUGAAAUAUGUCUUAGAAAAGUUACUGAGCCUUCUAUAAAAAAUAAAGAACUAGCAGUAAUAUAUAAUGUUAGCAAAGGAUGUAUUAGUGAUACAUUAAAAAAAUCACAAAAAUGGUUUGAAAUUGAUUCCCAAACACCCGAAGCUCAAGGUAAAAGACAGAACAAGUAUAUACACCCUCUUACUGCUGAAGAAUAUAUUAGGUUAGAUCAGAAAAAUGAAAAUCCUGGUAUACCAUUAUCUGAAGAACAGAUUGUUGCCAUUUUUAAAGAAAAUAAUCCCAUUUCUGAUGAUAAAAGAGAUGAGAAUAUUAUUUCAGUAAUGAGUUCUGAUGCUUUAGUUGCAUUUGAUACAAUUUUUGACUAUUUAAAACAAGAUAAAAAUCAAAAUAUUAUUGAUAAAAAUACUUUAAAAGUAAUGAAAAAUGUUAGAAAAUCAGUUUAUAGAAAUCAUUUUUUUUCCAAAAAACAAACGAGCUUAAAUUUAUUUGUUCAAAGUGAAGAUAGUAAUCUCAAGUCAAAUGAUACUUUUUAUAGUGAUCUGAGUG